AUGUCUACCACAGAAGUAGAGACCCUCGUCAUUGGUGCCGGCCCCACCGGUCUUGGUGCUGCCAAGCGCCUCAACCAACUCAACCACGGCCCAUGGCUCCUCGUCGACGCCGGCAAGGAGGCUGGUGGUCUCGCUUCCACCGACACCACCGACCAGGGCUUCCUUUUCGAUGUUGGAGGACACGUCAUCUUCUCCCACUACCAGUACUUUGACGACAUGAUCGCAGAGGCGCUUCCCAACAAGGAGGACUGGUUCGAGCACCAGCGUGUCUCGUACGUCCGAUCCAAGAACGUCUGGGUGCCUUACCCUUACCAGAACAACAUCUCCGUUCUCCCCGUCCAGGAGCAGGUCAAGUGCAUCGAAGGAAUGAUCGACGCUGCCGAGGAGCGUGCUCGUGCCAAGGAUGCUCCUACCACGUUUGACGAGUGGAUCAUGCGUAUGAUGGGUCAGGGUCUUGCCGAUCUCUUCAUGCGUCCGUACAACUUCAAGGUUUGGGCUGUGCCUACAACCAUGAUGCAGUGCAAGUGGCUUGGUGAGCGUGUUGCUGCUCCUUCGCUCAAGCUCGUCGUUUCCAACACCUUGAACAAGAAGGUUGCUGGCAACUGGGGUCCCAACGCUACCUUCAAGUUCCCUGCGCGUGACGGUACGGGUGGUAUCUGGAAGGCUGUUGCCCGCACUUUGCCCCAGGAGAAGCUCCUCUUCAACAAGCGUGUCAAGUCGGUUGAUGCUGUUGGCCACACUGUUGAGCUCGAUGAUGGCUCGAGCAUCAAGUACAAGCACCUGAUCAGCACCAUGCAGCUCGACUUUCUUAUCGACAACGUCAAACUGCCUGCCGAGGAGAAGCACGCUCAGCUCAAAGCUGCUGUCAAGGAGGGUCUUGUUUCGUCUUCGACUCACGUGAUCGGUAUCGGUAUCCGAGGUUCGCUUCCUCCUCGUAUCGGCGACAAGUGCUGGCUCUACUUCCCCGAGGAUGACUGCCCCUUCUACCGUGCAACGAUCUUCUCCAACUACUCGCCCUACAACUGUCCUCAGGCCGAUGUCAAGCUGCCCACGUUGCAGUAUGCUGACCCAUCCAAGGGUACUCCAUCCAAGGAUGCAAACGAGGGGCCUUACUGGUCGCUCAUGAUGGAAGUCUCCGAGUCGCACCUCAAACCGGUCAACGGACAGACUAUUUUGGCUGAGACGAUCCAGGGAUGCAUCAACACCAACCUGAUCAACGCUGAUGACGAGAUUGUUUCGACAUACCACCGAAAGUUUACUUUCGGAUACCCAACUCCUUCGCUUGGACGUGACGCUGCUCUUGCUACAUUGCUUCCGGCGUUGGACAAGUAUGACAUUUACAGCCGUGGUCGAUUCGGUUCGUGGAAGUACGAGGUUGGAAACCAGGAUCACUCAUCCGCGCUGGGAUGGGAGGCUGUCAACCGUGCUUUGCUCGGUACGCCCGAGUUGACUUUGCUCAACCCUGAUUGGGUCAAUGGUCGUCGUAACCAUGAACUUCGUCUCACUUCCAAGUAG